CUUUUCUUUGAGAAAACAUUUUCUUCUUCUUUUUCAAAAAUAAGAAUACGAUUUCACGGACGUUCUCUAAUCCAUUUCGCGGGAAAGCAGUUCUCCGGCGAUGGCUGCCGCCGCCGCUGUCUUCUCCGCGCAGCUUGUACUCCGCUUCCCGAAACGCUCCUUCAAUGCUUCCAUGCCCACCCUCUCGCCAAUCACUUGCGGUCCGCGCGACAACCGUGGGCCGAUGAUUCGCGGCCGGACGCUGAGCACGGAGGCGAUACUCGCCAUCCAAGCCCUGAAACGCGCUGGCGGGGACGAAACCAAGAUCGAUGCCAUCAUCUCCGGUCCCGUAUCCAGGCUUAUCAAAUCGGACCUCCUCGCCGCCCUCGCCGAGCUCCAGCGCCAGGAUAGGCCCCGGCUUGCCCUCAAGCUCUUCCUUGCCGCACGCCGCGAGCUCUGGUACCGCCCUGACCCUGCCCUCUAUGCCCAGAUGGUCUCCGCCCUCAAUCGUAACCAGAUGAGCUCCGAGAUCGACGUCUUGGUCUCCGAUUUAAUCGAAGAACAAGAAGGGAAAGAUGAGACCUUUGUGCAUGAUAUUCGUGGUGUCGCGAGGUUAGUGAAAUCUUUGUUGGCGGCAGGGAAGGGGGAGGCUGUGAAGGAGAUGUAUGGGUUGAUGAAGAGAAGAGGGUGCCGGCCGGAUGAGUUUUUGUUUCGGCUUCUGAUCAGAGGAUUGAGAAGGUUGGGAGAAAUAGAUGCCGCUGAUGAAGUAGAGAAGGAUUUCAAGGUUUGGUUUGAUGGUGGCGUUGGGGCGGAGUCAGUACCUGUUUGAUGAAAUGCCUAAUAGAAAAGAGGUUCACUUUUGACUGCCUUUGGAGCAUGAUGCCAUUGAAUGGCAGGAUUUGUUGUGAGUUUCUCUGUAAAAAGAUUUAUGUGCAUGUUCUGAUUAAGUAUUGUUUGCAACUCUCUGAUGCUUGUGAUGCUUUUGCUAAUUUUCAUCUUUAGUUCUUAUUCAAUACUGUUAUAUUAUCCACUCUUAA